CAAGAAAGGUUGUUUGUUUUGAUUCCCAUCGUCCUUCAGGUGCUUGUUUUUAGUUUCGUUACCGUUCGUUAGUUCGUCCGACCGACCAAAAUGGAACUCUGGAACAGAAGAGAUCUGGUUCCUCCGGUGCUGAAUACCUACGCUUGUAAAACCAAAAAUUGCAAAGAUGAAAUUCGCUCUUUCAUAACCGCCGUCACCGAAGCGCUCGGGUUCUUCGAAUCGCAAAAAUCCUUCGAAAAGGCUGCCGCCUACGUGAGCCGGUUCUCCGUCCGAUGGAACAACCGAUUCUACAACAUGCAUGGUUUCCGGUUGCUCAAGCGUCUCAAUCAAUCGCUGCUUCGUUUCCGCAGUGUGGACAUUGUUCACUUGCUCACCAAUCUGGCCAGUCUGCUGCCAGAUGGAAACUACUUGGAAAAGACGGCCCAAUUACCGACACUAGCCAAUCUCGAUUAUCUGCUGGUGCGGUUGCAAGGACUAGGGAAGUUGUUCUGUCGGAUUGUUGCCCUGGCUUGGGACGCGGCUAGGUAUUACGUUCGAUUCAUGUCCACUGGCUACUUCUUCAACAUCAGUUCCAUGUUCCUCUGUCUGCUGGCGGAAGUUUGGUUCAAAUCGAAGGACAUUUGCCAACGGAUAGUUGCGUUCUACAAUCGUUUGCUGCCCUUCCGAUUGUUUCUGCAGAAUACAUCAGAAGAGUGGCCAAGUGGAAUCAAAUGCAUCUAUCCGGAGGAUUUGGGCGUUUGGUUGGGAGAGGAAUACAGUGAGGAAAUUUUAGCUCAAGACGAUUCCGCGGCAGGCCUUAACUUGAAACCUGAUACGAGUCUAUUUUUACUGCUAACAGCCGAAAAGGAAGAUUUGUCGACUACCAAGAAAGUAGACGCUUUAAUUGAUGAUAAGUUGGCAAGACCAUCAACUGAGGGAGAAAUCAUUGCAUCCAUCCCGAAGGUACUGUUAAUGCAGCGAAUUAAGUCCGACGAGGGAGAACGCGUAGAUCGAAAACGUUCCACAUCGGCCAAGAAUGCCACCGGUAUGCCCCGAUUCAAUGCCGAUAAGAUAAAGUCUAAAUUCGACGUCAAGAAGUUCAUCGACGAUGAGAAGCUUAAACGGCGACAGGACCUAUCCCAGGCAGUUACUCAAGACGUCAACAAUAAUGCCUUCAAUGCUUUCGCGACCAGUAUGAUCCGAGAUUUGAACCAGAUGAGCACGGGCGAUUUCGUUAAGGUGUUCAAGGAUGAAUUGAAGGACCUGCUCGGCGGUCGUCUAGGUAAGAAUAAGCCGAAGAAAAAUAAACGUUUUUCGUAAAGUAA